UAUUAAAAGAUGUGAAUGACCAUUUCUCACGACUUUGGAAGCAGUUUCAUGACAAAAGUUCUGAAAUUUUUUUGCCAUGAAAGCCGUUGGAAUCCCCAUUAUUUCAGUGGAAGAGAAGUGACUGAAAUGAUAAAGUUCAGGCCAAGUUUCUUCCACCCACCACCACCAUCAUCUCAGACCGCCGCCGACACCAAGUCAUUCAAUGGCAUGAUCAAUCGCCUCUCCUCAGAAGGCGCACACGAGGCCGUCCUCCUCACCUACUCCUCGAUGCUCAAAACAAACACUCCGCCCGACGCCUUCACUUUCCCCAGUAUGCUUAAAGCCUGCGCUUCUCUUGGCCUACUCUCGCACGGCCUUUCUUUCCAUCAGUACAUCGUCGUUAAUGGGUAUUCUUCGGACGCCUAUAUUGGCUCUUCCCUGAUCAACUUCUACGAUAAAUUCGGGUAUAUCAACCACGCCCGCCAAGUGUUUGAGAAGAUGCCGGAAAGAAACGUCGUCCCGUGGACUGCCAUAAUUAGCUGCUAUUCGCGAUCGGGUAAUGUCGAGGCAGCGGUUUGUUUGUAUAAUCAGAUGCGAUAUGGAGGCAUCAAACCUUGUUCAGUUACCAUGUUGGCCUUACUCUCUGGAGUUUUGGAGGUUCUUUAUGUGCAAUAUGUGCAUGCUUGUACAAUACAAUAUGGUUUUGGGUGUGACAUAGCUUUACUGAAUUCCAUGGUGAAUUUAUAUGGUAAGUGCGGAAGAAUUGAGGAUGCUGAGGAGCUGUUUGAAUCCAUGGACAAGAGAGAUAUAGUUUCAUGGAAUUCCCUGGCUUCAAGCUAUGCUCUGGAUGGAAAUAUGAGAGGAAUAUUUCAUCUACUGAGCAGAAUGAGGAUUGAAGGGCUGGGGCCUGACCAGCGGACAUUUGGUUCAAUGGUUUGUGCUGCUACAAGGCAGGGUAAUCUUGAAAUGGGGCAACUAGUGCAUGCAUGUAUAGUAACUGCAGGAUCGGAAUUGAAUACCCAUGUCAAAACAUCACUUAUAGUUAUGUAUUUGAAAUGUGGAAACUUUGAUGAUGCUUUUGAAAUAUUUGAACGAGUUUCAGAUAAAGAUGUCAUCUUGUGGACGGCAAUGAUAUCGGGGCUAGUGCAGAAUGAAAGUGCAGACAAGGCACUAUGGUUGUUUCGAAGGAUGUUACUUUCAAAUGUUGUGCCAUCUACUGCCACCCUAGCUAGUGCCCUUGCAGCUUGUGGCCAACUGGGAUCCCUAACUCUGGGGACUUCAAUUCAUGCCUACAUGCUCCGUCAGAGAAUGCCAGUUGAUGUUACUGCUGAAAACUCUCUCGUAACAAUGUAUGCAAAGUGUAAUCGCCUGGAGCAGAGUCGCGUUGUUUUUGAAAGAAUGGAUGAAAAAAACGUGGUUUCCUGGAAUGCAGUUGUUGCUGGGUAUGCACAAAAUGGGAAUUUAUGCUUGUCACUGAGUUUAUUUAAUGAGAUGAGAACAACCCUUCAGAGGCCUGAUUCAAUUACUGUUGUCUCCCUUCUCCAGGCUUGUGCCUCGAUUGGGGCUCUCCAUCAGGGGACGUGGGUCCAUAAUUUUGUUAUUAGGAGCGGCCUUGGACCCGGCAUCUUGGUUGAGACAGCUUUGGUAGAUAUGUACUCCAAAUGUGGUGACAUAGACACUGCUAGGAAGUGCUUUGACAGGAUGCCACAGCAUGAUCUGGUAUCAUGGAGUACAAUCAUUGCGGGAUAUGGUUGCCAUGGUAAAGGUAAUGUUGCCCUGGAAAUGUACAACAAGUUUCUGCUUACAGGCCUUGAGCCAAACCCAGUGAUUUUUCUAUCCGUCCUAUCUGCCUGUAGUCAUAAUAGGCUUGUCGACAAGGGCUUGAGUGUGUUCUACUCUAUGAAAAAGGAUUUUAGGAUUGAACCAGAACUCGAGCACCGUGCCUGCAUUGUUGACCUUCUUAGUAGAGCAGGAAGAGUCAAAGAAGCAUAUGACUUUUACAAGAAUAUGUUCCCAGAACCAGCAGUGGAUGUUUUAGGCAUACUCCUUGAUGCUUGUCGGAUCGGUGGUAGUUUGGAAUUGAGGGACAUUAUUGCUAGAGACAUUUUCCUCUUGAAACCUAUGGAUGCUGGAAAAUAUUUGCAACUGGCGCACAGCUAUGCUUCAAUGGACAGAUGGGAUGAUGUGAGUGAGGCCUGGAUGCAGAUGAAGUCUCUUGGCCUUAAGAAACUCCCUGGCUGGAGUUUUAUUGAACUGAAUGGAAUCAUUACGACAUUUUUCACUCAUCACAGUUCACAUCCGAAGUGUGAGCACAUAGUUCAAGUUUUGAAAUUCUUGAACAAAGAAAUUAGGGAUUUUGGAGUUACCUUAAAGCUCGAAACCAAUGAAACUGUGGAUACACUAUGAAUGCCCAAGUUGAUUCCUUAAAGGAGGAGUGCAUUUUCCAGUAGAGUUCUUCAAAUUAGAACCCUUUCUUCUCCUAAACUGGGAAUAGAAGGCAUCAGACAAAGACAAAGCCAUUGCCACCAUGAGAUCAACAUUUUGUCCAGAUUGAUCUCCCUACUUUCUCCAAUCCUAUUGGAUACCAUUGGAAGGCUGGCUGUGCCUGAAAGGAGCAUGAGAAGCUCAAUCAACCUCAUUCCACCACCUCGUAUCCUAGGGGUAUAGAGGUCAAUGAAAUGAGAUCAAGAAAGUGAGCCCAGCUGCCGAAUUCGAGGAGAUUGACAAACAUUUUGGGAACAAGUGAAAACAGCAAGUGGGGAAAGGCAGAAACCAAGUGAGGAAUGGGGUCAUGAGGCUGUUGGAGGAAGAGCAGAACAGAGAACAGCAAUGGAGUUGAUCAUUGAGCAGUACCAUCAAUUCAAACAGGGAUCUGAAAAGGAGAACGAAGAAGAUAAAGAAAGACAGACGGGGCAAAGUUAAACAAAGGAAAGUAUAUGGAAGGUGUCACAACACGAACAAAAAAGAAGUUUUUAUUUUUAGAUAUUAUAUAGAUCUCUUCAUAUCUAAUAGAGUAAAUAGGUUCCUGCAAGUUAUAAUGGGUCAAACAAGUGAGUCUUGAAAUAAAAUAGUCUUGAUAACAGAAAAUUCGUUUUGACCUUGUCAACCAUGUAGAUUACAAGAGGCUAAGAAACCUUCUUAGAACAUGCAAUUGCUAAUGACAUAUAAAAAUUUAAAUCGCAUAAGUG